AUAGCCAUUCGCCUCCUGAACUCAUCGGAAGUGUCCGCGGAGCAGUUCUACAAGCACAUCCUCGAGCAGUACCGCAUCCUCAGCCACAUGCAGCAGCAACGCCAGCAGAUCCUGCAGCGCCAACAUCUCCAGCUGCAGCAACUGGAGGCGAACAAUCGCUUCCAGGAGGUCUUCGCCACGGCCACCAUAAUCCAGGCACAUCCGCAUCCCCAUCCGCAUCCCAGAGAGCCGCCGAAGAAGCCGCUUUUGGGUCCAUAUACCCCCAUACCCGGAAAUAUGAGUCAUGUGAUUGGUGGCGAUCAGCAGGGACAAGGCAACAUGGACACGGAUCCGAAUCCGGCACACUUGCCCCUUCUCCUGGACACCUCACCGCCGGCCGAUGCCAACGGAAUGGGUCACCUGAAGCGGAAGACACACCGGGGUCAUUACAAACACCAUAGGGCUCGAGCCGGUGGUCAGAAGAAGCUGUCCAGUGCCAACUCGAUGGCCAGCUCCACGCCGAGCACUACCAGCGGAGGAGACACCUCUUUGGCCAUGGCCACGGCGGCCACUCUGCCACACGGCUAUAUGGACACACCACUAAAUUCGGCGGCCGGAACCAUUGUGCAACCACCGCAGCUGCAGCUGUACACCUCGAUGCCCAUUCCGCUGAUCCUGAGUCCCAGCGAGGAGAAGCGUCCUUCGCACCACGCCCACGGACAUGCGCACGGCGACAGGCGAGGCGGGGCGCAAUCAGGCGGACGACGAAAGACCACGACGGCCUCGGUUUCCGGCUACGAGGCCCAGACCUACCUCAAUCCGUUCCUCACCGGCGAGCUGAUCUUCGAGAAGUAAGGGAUUGAACCAUUUAGGGUAGGCCGUGGAGUAUUUUUUUUGUAAGCCAUAUAGAGGGACAUACACUACAGUCACAGCCAAGAUCGGAAAUGGAGAUUAGCUCACAGUAAAUGGUAAAUACCUUCCAUACCUGAUCAUACCUAUAUCAAUGGAGAACUGUUUAGAAGGGCAUCACUACUCACAAUAAUUCAAAUACGCAUAGUACUGGCAUAAGCCAAACGGAUAUAUAUUUCAAUAAACUUGGUUAGGCUGUUAUA